GAUCCCCUGGAGAAGCAAAUGGCAACCCACUCCAGUAUUCUUGCCUGAAGAAUCCCACAGACAGAAGAGCCUGGCGACUACUGUCCAUAGGGCCACGUUGUAGUUGCCUCUAUUCCCUGAGACAGGCACUUCUGUACCCACUUUACAGACAAGGAAGCUGACACUCAGAGAGGGUUAGUGAUUUGCCCAAGGUCACACAGCCGUGGCGUGGCAGAUCACCCCACAAGCCCAAGCCCUCCUCCCUGUGCUACCGCACUCGGCUGCCAAUCAGAAUCACCCAGGGAUUGUUCUGAAAGUGACGACUCCCUGGUCUCCCUCAGUAUUACAGAAUCAUCACAGAGAGCUGAGGACUUUGCAGAAUCAGAUCAUUCUUCGGGUGAUUCUGAAGCAGUUCUCAGGAGGGAGUGGCUGCAGACUCCUGCUCCAUACCCAAUAGGGUGAAGGGAACUGCCGGAAGGGAGGCAUCAAGGGCUCCCUCUUUCCCCUCUGGGCGGUGGCUCGAGCUUCCUGGCAGUCCAAAGAGGGGUGCGCCCUGAGCCUCUUCCAUUGGGUACCAGGUCACUGGGGGGCCGGCCCUCCCUGCCUGUCUGGGUCCUCAGGGCGCAGGUGCCUGGGAGAAGAGGGCAACUGAUGCCCAGGCCUAGCCUCUGCCCUUCCUCCCUCCUCCCUGCUCUGAGCUGUCCCCUUCUCCGACCAGAGGAAAUGGAGCGGGCCGGGGGUGGCCCGCUGAGCUCACAUCCUCCACCAGAGCCUAAAUCAGGAGCGCGACCCUUCCACCCCCAGAGCCCGGGCCUGGGAAGAAGGUGGUGGCGCAGGGGAAGUGCCUGGAGCCGCUGCCAGGAACCUAGGACCCUCCGCCCUCCCCGCCAAGGUCCCCAGCCCAGUCACUCGGAGGCUCUCCCCCACCGCCUUUCCGGCCAUUGUUCUGGAAAAAAAAAACCACAUAGAGCCACCCAGGCUGGCCCUGCCCUUGUUCCUGUCACGUUAUCCUGCCACUCCCUGGAGGGACUGCCUCUCGGCCACCCCAGACCGUCCAGGCGGGCGGCAGGUGGAGAGACUUCCCUGUAUUGACCUCCUUGUCCUCACCGAGGCUCAGAGAGGUCCCGGGGCUGGCCAAGGCCACACAGCCGAGCAGAGAGAGAAGAAUCUGAACCACGUGCAUCCUGCUCCUCGGGCCUCUGUUCUGUCCACUGCGCUGAGCGGUGCUGUGUGGCGAGGACUUUCCAAGGGGGCUGCAGGAUGGCUGGGAGCGGCCUCCAGUCCCUCGUGGCUUCAUCACUCCUCAGCUCUUACCUUUUCGGUGCAGCGUCGUUCGGCUCGGCCCUAAACGUAGCUGUCUCCCCGUCUUGUCCUGUGUGCCUCCUGCUGCAGGCUUGGUCCCUCCCUAUUGGAAUGAGGCCCUGUCUUACUGGGGUAUUCAGGGGCCCACUGGGGCCUGGGGGGCAGGCCUGGACCAGCACACUUGGCACCGUGCCCAGCUGGGUUGAGCCGGGCCUCCUCCUCCUCCUUCCCGGCAGGGGUGGGUUCCAGCGGGAGGCAGGGGCCGCCUGUGACAGCACUCUCCUCUUCCCGAGGACCGCCGCCCCCCGCCUCCUGCACCCUGGCUCACAUGUGGAGCACACCUGCAUGAACCCUGUCCCCGAGAGGGGACUGAUCCAGUGUCCUACCCCUGCCCCUUGGUCCUCUUGCCAUUCCUUGCCCUAGGUCAGGGAGCUGUCUGCUAGGAGCCUGUGGGUUCAGAGUCUGCAGUUCCUCCCCUGACAGGGGCUGGUGGGUAGGACUCUACCAGCUUUCACUGGAGACACCGCAUCUCAGGAGUAUGGGCUAACAUGUAAGGAGCGCUAAAUGCUGAUAGCUCCCGUUUUUCAUGAGGGUCAGGCAUUGUACUCACAGCCCUCAUGCGUGGCUUCUGUGAUCAGCCCGUUUUACAGAUGAGGACCCUGAACCUGAGAGGUUAAGUGACUUUCCGCAGAUCACACAAGCUCCUUGGCUCCACGAAGAGGCUCAAUGUCAACUACCAGGAUGCUGAUGGCUUUUCGGCUCUCCACCAUGCCGCCCUGGGGGGCAGCCUGGAGCUCAUUGCCCUGCUGCUGGAGGCUCAGGCCACCGUGGAUAUCAAGGACAGCAAUGGCAUGCGCCCACUGCACUACGCGGCCUGGCAGGGCCGCCUGGAGCCUGUGAGGCUGCUGCUGCGCGCCUCUGCGGCCGUGAACGCUGCCUCACUGGACGGGCAGAUCCCACUGCACCUGGCUGCCCAGUACGGACACUAUGAAGUGUCAGAAAUGCUCCUCCAGCAUCAGUCCAACCCGUGCCUGGUCAACAAGGCCAAGAAGACGCCCUUGGACUUGGCCUGUGAGUUUGGACGGCUCAAGGUGGCCCAGCUGUUGCUGAAUAGCCAUUUAUGCGUGGCACUGCUGGAGGGGGAGGCCAAGGACCCGUGCGACCCCAACUACACCACGCCCCUGCACUUGGCUGCCAAGAACGGCCACAGAGAGGUUAUCAGGCAGCUCCUGAGAGCUGGGAUUGAGAUCAACCGCCAGACCAAAACAGGCACAGCGCUCCACGAGGCCGCGCUGUAUGGCAAGACUGAGGUGGUGCGGCUGCUCCUGGAGGGCGGGGUGGAUGUGAACAUUCGGAACACGUAUAACCAGACGGCGCUGGACAUCGUGAAUCAAUUCACCACUUCCCAGGCCAGCCGGGAGAUUAAGCAGCUAUUGCGGGAGGCCUCAGGGAUCCUGAAGGUCCGGGCCCUCAAGGAUUUCUGGAACCUCCACGACCCCACUGCCCUCAAUGUCCGGGCAGGGGACGUCAUCACGGUGCUUGAACAGCAUCCAGACGGCCGCUGGAAGGGCCACAUCCACGAGAGCCAGAGGGGCACCGACCGCGUGGGCUACUUUCCCCCAGGCAUCGUCGAGGUGGUCAGCAAGCGGGUGGGUGUCCUGGCACCCCGCCUCCCCUCUGUGCCCACCCCCCUGCGCCCAGGCUUCUCCAGGACGCCACAGCCCCCUGCCGAGGAGCCCCUGCACCCCCUCACCUAUGGCCAGCUGCCCCGGGUGGGCCUCAGCCCAGACAGCCCAGCAGGUGACAGGAACAGCGUGGGCAGCGAGGGCAGCGUGGGCAGCAUCCGCAGUGCUGGCAGCGGGCAGAGCUCCGAGGGCACCAAUGGCCACAGCACUGGCCUCCUUAUCGAGAACGCCCAGCCGCUGCCCUCUGCCGGAGAGGACCAGGUGCCUCCAGGACUACAGCCCCCGUCCCUGGCAGACAACCCGAACCACCGCCCUCUGGCCAACUAUCGCUCGGGGGAGCAGCACUUCACCCAGGACGUGAGGCCUGAGCAGCUGCUGGAGGGGAAGGAUGCUCAGGCCAUUCAUAACUGGCUGAGCGAGUUCCAGCUGGAGGGCUACACUGCCCACUUUCUGCAGGCCGGCUACGACGUGCCAACCAUCAGCCGCAUGACGCCUGAGGACCUGACGGCCAUUGGGGUGACCAAGCCUGGGCACAGGAAGAAGAUCGCCUCGGAGAUCGCCCAGCUGAGCAUCGCCGAGUGGUUGCCCAACUACAUCCCAGCGGACCUGCUGGAGUGGCUGUGCGCCCUGGGGCUGCCGCAGUACCACAAGCAGCUGGUGAGCAGUGGCUACGACUCCAUGGGGCUGGUGGCUGACCUCACCUGGGAGGAGCUGCAGGAGAUCGGCGUCAACAAGCUCGGUCAUCAGAAGAAGCUCAUGCUGGGGGUGAAGCGGCUGGCUGAGCUCCGGCGGGGCCUACUGCAGGGGGAGUCUCCGGGGGAAGGCGGCCGCCGGCUGGCCAGGGGCCCGGAGCUGAUGGCCAUUGAGGGGCUGGAGAACGGGGACGGGCCCCCUGUGGCCAGCCCACGCCUCCUCACCUUCCAGGGCGGCGAGCUGAGCCCCGAGCUCCAGGCGGCCAUGGCAGGGGGCGGCCCCGAGCCACUCCCCCUGCCCCCUGCCCGCUCCCCCAGCCAAGAGAGCAUUGGGGCCCGCUCACGGGGGUCUGGUCACUCGCAGGAACAGCCUGCCCCUCAGCCGGGUGGUGGGGACCUCAACGCCCCACAGGAGAGGAAUCUUCCGGAGGGCACAGAGCGGCCCCCUAAACUCUGUUCCCCACUUCCUAGCCAAGGGCCCCCGCCUUACGUUUUCAUGUACCCCCAGGCCUCACCCUCCAGCCCGGCCCCUGGGCCGCCUCCGGGCGCUCCCCGGGCCUUCUCCUACUUGGCCGGCUCCCCGGCCACUCCUCCAGACCCCCCGCGGCCCAAGCGCCGGUCCCACAGCCUGAGCCGCCCUGGCCCAGCCGAGGGGGAGGCCGACGGGGAGGCCGAAGGGCCAGUGGAUAGUGCCCUGGGCAGCUACGCCACCCUCACUCGGCGACCAGGACGCAGCACCCUCGCCCGGACCAGCCCCAGCCCAACCCCAACGCGGGGGGCUCCCCGCAGCCAGUCCUUUGCCCUCCGGGCUCGCCGCAAAGGCCCUCCGCCCCCGCCCCCCAAGCGCCUCAGCUCCGUCUCUGGCUCCACCCCGGAGCCCCCACCACCGGAUGGAAGCCUGGGGCCCAAGGAAGGGGCCACAGGGCCCCGGAGGCGAACACUGAGCGAACCCACAGGCCCCUCGGAGCCGCCUGGCCCACCUGCCCCGGCCGGCGCCGCAUCGGACACGGAGGAGGAGGACCCGGGGCCCGAGGGGACACCCCCGUCUCGGGGCAGCUCAGGGGAAGGGCUCCCCUUUGCAGAGGAGGGGAACCUGACUAUCAAACAGCGGCCCAAGCCGGCAGGACCCCAACCCCGGGAGACGCCGGUGCCCACCGGCCUUGACUUCAACCUCACAGAGUCAGACACUGUUAAACGGAGGCCCAAGUGCCGGGAGAGGGAGCCACUGCAGACGGCACUCCUGGCCUUUGGAGUGGCGGGCGCCACGCCCAAUGCCCCUGCCCCCCAGCCCUCGCAGACCCCCAGCGAGUCCCCCGCGGCCUCUCCCAGCCCUCCCCGGCCUGACCUGAGCAGCCUUCCCACCCCCGGAGCUCCAGCCCCUCUCCCCACCAGCCCCCCGGCCCAGCCCCCUGGGCCGGCCCUGGAAAAUAGUCGGCGGCCUGGGGAGACUGAGCCCCCGGCUGCCCCCGCUGCCCUCAUCAAGGUGCCCGGAGCAGGAACAGCCCCCAAGCCUGUGUCGGUGGCCUGCACCCAGCUGGCAUUUUCCGGCCCUAAGCUGGCUCCCCGGCUCGGUCCCCGCCCGGUGCCCCCUCCAAGGCCAGAGAGCGCGGGGGCCGCAGGCCCGGGCCGGGCCCAGCAGAGACUGGAGCAGACCAGCUCAUCGCUGGCAGCUGCACUGCGGGCCGCGGAGAAGAGCAUUAGCGCAGAGGAGCGAGAGGGCGCCCCCGGCGCCUCCGCCAAGCACAUCCUAGAUGACAUCAGCACCAUGUUUGACGCCCUGGCUGACCAGCUGGACGCCAUGUUGGACUGAGCCGGACAUGCCGGCGGCCUUCGGCGGCCCCCACUGCUGCCUCCCACAGCGCCCGCUGCCUCCCACAGCGCCCGCUGCCUCCCCCAGCGCAGAAGACACCCCUGCCGCCCGAGCGGGGCCCCUCCUGCCGCCCCCAGCCUGCGGCCUUCCCCACAGCAGCCCCAUGUGGAGCAGAGAGGACUUUUCAGAACCUGACGUCUCAGCAAAGCCCCCUUAUCCCUGCAAUGUGUGAUCUGACGGGAGGACCCUGCUUCUCAGACAGGGACCCUGGUAAGAGCUUCCUAUCCAGGAAGAGUGGUGGCCGGGCUUCUGGGGUGCCUUCUCUGUCCACCCCCAACCUGUGUCUCAGGUGCCUGUGCCAAGGUCCCCUGGCCACCCGCCGUGCAGUCCUGGCGCCCUGAGAGGCUGGAGGCCGCGGUGUGUCUGGCCGGGCCCCGGCAGGUGCACACAGGACGUGUCAAGGGCCGGGGCCUGCUCUCACCAUCAGCGGCACAGCCCGCCUCGGGCCCCGGCUCUGCCUGCCCUCAGCGAGGCAAAGCUGUCUGCGGCAGGGCCGGUGGAAUUAACGGAUCCCUUGAACAGAUCCCCAGAGUCCAAACGUUUCCAACUGUAAAUGUUAUUUUUUAAGCAGAGAGAAAUGCAUAUAUUUUAAAUGGAAUUUAUUCUAUCUAUAACUGCCUGUGAGGACGAAGUGGUGGGGGUGGGGGGCUUCGGACCACAGUGAGAGCACCCACUGCCCGCCAUGGGGCUGGAUGCCUGACCUGCCUGGCCAAGGCCCCGGCUCUGUAAGCAUUUAACCUCUUCCCCCAACUAACACCAAUGAAAGUGUCAUUCCACGA